AUGCGCUGUCUCAUACUUCUGGUAGCCGUGGGAGCGGUACUGGCUCAGUACGAGUCCGAAAACUCGGGUUAUGAGACAGCCGAGAAAGAACAACCUCCACCACCACCAAUGUCUUCCGAUGGAGGCGAUCAGCAAGGAUAUAACAGCGAUGGAGCAUUGCCAUCACCUGGAGGAGGCGGCGGCAGACCUCGACCUCCUCCUCCUCCACCACCACCUUCAGGAGGAGGUGGUGGUGGUGGUGCAGCAAGACCACGAGGAGGAGGACCAGGACGACCAAGAGGAGAACAAGGAGGAGGGCGACCUCGUCCACCACCGUCACCAGGAGGAGGAUCGCCACCUCAGCCCGGAGGCUACACCGGUGGAACUUCCGGAGGUGGAGGAACAUCCGGUGGUGGUGGAGGAUCUGGAGGAUAUGAAAGUGGGCCCCCUCCAAGACCUUCCCCAGGACCAGGACCCAGCCCUGGCCCAGGACCUCAGCCUGACGGAUAUUCAGAAGGAGGAUCGCCACCUCAACCCGGAGGUGGAGGAACAUCCGGUGGUAGUGGAGGAGCAUCCGAAGGAUAUGAGGAAGACGAUAACGAACCUGCUCCAGGACCAGGACCUCAGCCCGGAGGUUACUCAGAAGGAGGAUCAUCGUCUCAAUCGGGAGGUAGUUCUGGAAGCGGGCCGGCACCGGGAGGAUAUGAUGGAGAUGAUAGUGGACCUGCCCCAGGACCAGGACCCAACCCAGGCCCAGGGCCAGGACCUCAACCUGGAGGCUACUCCGGGGACGGAGAACAACCUGGAGGAUAUGAUGGGGGACCUGGGCCAGGGACUCAACGGCAGGAAGGCUUAUUCUGGCAGGCGGGAAGCCACCAGAAGGGAUAUGAUGGAGGUGAUGACGGACCCCUCCAAGACGCAAGGCCCAGGCCAGCCGCAGGACGGCGUCAGCCCAGGACCAGGACCAGCCCAGGACCAGGACCCAGCCCAGGACCAGGACCUCAGCCCGGAGGUUACUCAGAAGGAGGAUCAUCGUCUCAAUCGGGAGGUAGUUCUGGAAGCGGGCCAGCACCGGGAGGAUAUGAUGGAGGUGAUGGACCUGCUCCAGGACCAGGACCCAGACCUAGCCCAGGACCAGGACCCAGACCUAGCCCAGGACCUCGACCAGGACCAAGACCGAAUCCAUCGCCAGGACCAACACCCGGAGGAUAUGGAGGGCCACCUCCACCACCUGCAGGUGGCGAAGAUGACUCGCAAUAUCAAUCAAACGCCAGUUAUCAGCAGAAUGAAGGCCAAGGAAAAAUUUCCCAGCACCAAAUCCAUAAGAUGCUAGUGGAAACGAUGGUCUCGCUUACAGCAAUGUUCUCGUGCUCGCCGUUAAGAGCUUAA